GCUUUGUGACCCAAUUGCAAAGUAUAAGCUGUCCAAACACAAUCCGACGCCAGAAAGGUUGUAUUCUGUGGCUCUUCCUGGCCAUAUGGUGCCCCCGUGAGUGACCGCGUGCUGCAAUUCCGUGAAACAGUAUUGGGUAAAGAGUGUCAUGAAUAACCAGCAGUUCUGUAUCCGCUGGAACAGCCACCUCGGCAGCCUGGGGGCGGCCUUCCCGCAGAUGCUUGCCGGCCAGAGAUUUGUGGAUGUAACGCUGGCCUGUGAGGGUCAUCAGGUGCACUGCCAUCGCCUCGUGCUGGCAGCAUGCUCCACGUACUUUGAGGCCCUCCUUGGGGAGAAUCCCUGCAAGCAUCCCAUCAUCAUACUACCGCGAGACAUAAAGCUGUGGGAAAUUCAGGCACUCGUUGACUUUAUGUACAAGGGGGAGGUCAAUGUGAGUUCAGCUGGACUUCCGGAUCUCAUAAAAUGCGCCGAAAUGCUCCAAAUACGGGGACUCUGUGGUGCAGAUGCUGCCCUAUAUCUCAAUACAGUGACAGAUGCAAAGGAAACGCAAGAGGAGACACCAAAGACAGACGAGCAGUACCUCAAGAGUAGUCCGGAUGUAUCUCCGGUUGUUGACACCAGUGAAAUUACCCGCCUCUUGGACACCUCAAUGGACACUGAUGGUGCAUCCAAGAGUAAAACGGACAACAGCCAGCCACCAUCGGAGGCACCCCCGUCGUGUGGCACAAUCCGUGUGAUAUCGAAUGAGAAUCUAUUUGAAAAUUACAAUCAACUGUCGAUGGGGCGUAACGAUGGUGAUAUACCCACUAUUGAGGUGGAAGAUGAGUCCGAGGACAUUAUGAGGCACCUCCUGCCGCCAUCACUAAAGUACAACAGCAAGAGUAUGUCGAUUAGUGUACGUUCUGGGAGGGCAUCAUCCGUGGAAAGUUGCGAAAAUAUCAUUUGUUCGCCGAAUCUCGAGGAUCCACUGCGGCAGGAUGAUGAGGCCAUCAAUGGAGAAGAUGAUGCCUCAUCUGAUGCUGAGGAGAGUGAAGAUAUGGACUUACCGCCAUUAAUUCCCUUCUCAAAGGGUCAGCAAACAAUUAAGCAGGAGCCCCCAUGUUCACCACCAAAGGCUUUUGUUUUGCGCAAUCCACGCGGCAAUCAGCCACGAUCCUACAAUAUAGACGCCCUCUGGGCAGCACUGAUGAAUGUCAAAGCUGGUGAAUCCAUUUACAGAGCUAGUCAGAUCCACAAGGUGCCCCGAAAGACGCUACGCAACUGGAUGAAGCGCUGGGACAUUAAAUCCUCUUUCCCAAUGCCAAGGCAACUCAGGCAGGCGGCAGAGAAGAAGCGCCUCAGUAGGAUUCGGAGUGAUCGAUAGUGCAACGCCAGCAGCUGUUUUUAGGAAGCUAGUCCAAAAAGAAAAAAAAUGAUUUAAAGAAAAAACUCUUGUCAAAGCUUAAUAUAUAUAUUUAUCUCUAUAAUUAAUCCUUAUUAUACUUUUUGUGUCCUUUCAACGUGAUAUUUUGUAGGACUGUAAAACCUCCCGUGUGUGAAAUAGACUCGAUGGAUUUCCAAAGAAUGAAAAUACUAUAAAAAAUAAACAAUAA